CACGCACGCACGCGCACAUACGUGCCUUCUUUCUCUUUGGCGACGGAGUGUUUGUUUGAAGCUGCUGGUUGUGAUUGUGAUGAUGGAAGGGCGGAUGGAUAUCAGUCUGUUUCUUUGUAAGCGUGUGUUUGUAUGUGUGCGCGCGCUUCUGUGCGCGUGCCUGUGCAUUUCUUCAUCCUUUCUCUCAGGCGACGUGACGAGAGAGAGAGAGAGAGAGAGAGACAGAGACAGACAGAGAAGGUGGAUGGGUGAUGGUGAUGCUGGAGGUUUCAUCACUGAAUAUUAUAAAACUACUAUGCAGUCUCCUUUUAACUGUUGCAUCACUUGCCACUGCUUUUUCGCCCAUUUUACAAAUCAGAACCAGCAUUGCAAAAAGCAGCCGAUUUAGGUAGAUAAGAAUGGUUUGCUUGCCUGGAUUGUCUAUGUCGCGAUUCGAAGUCGUCUGCCACGCUGCCGAGAACUUGUCUGACAGAUAGACCCUCAUGAUGAGUGUUCCUGUUAGCCAACCAGCUAAUGCCACUCUAGCUCCUGCUGUUGUGUCUCCUGCCACUGUAGUGAAGAAGUUCAAAGCUACAGAUGUUGCUGACAACACCAAGACGGUGUUACCUCUGGCACCAGGGACUGUACCCAUUGCCACUUCACAAGGUUUCCCAGGAGGAAUCAGUCUGACCAUUUCCAAUGGUGUGAUCAAUGUGAAAACUGCAGGGAUGCAAGGUGACAACCAGGCAGCAGCAGCAGCUGCAGCUGCUGCAGCACUAGGGAUCAGACCUGCUGCAACCAGUGCACUACCAGCCACUGUCACCAUGGUGAAGGGUCAUAUUGGUAACAUAGGAAAUCUAAUCAGUCCAGUUGGAACGUCCCAAGUUGCCACCUUGCCACCAGGUGUCACUCUGCCACUGAAGAUAUCCAAUGCGCAAGCUCUUCAGUUCCGUGCUCCUAGCAUUAUGUCAUCCAAUGCUGCUAUGCAAAACUCGCUUACUGUGAAGCAGGGGCAGGCUGUGACAGUUGGCAUGGCACCAAACCGUCACGCUGUUGCUGCAGCCCAGCAUGGACCACAGCCGAUUCGGAUUCAGCCAGACAUGUCUGGAGUGACCCAUGUUAGUCACACACUGGUUCCCGCCAUCAUGCAGACCGUGAAUUCCACUUCUCAGUCAACGAUGACCGCCAACCUUGUUCAAGCUGUGCCGGCUACUAUGAAACAGGCCAACAACGAGAGUAAGGACAAACUGCAGGAAAUGUCAAAGGUCUCGAUAUCGUCGUCUGUAACUGCACACACGCUUCCGAUCACAGUUACGUCUGUUCCGAUACAGAUGACCUCCAAGCAUCUUGUCACCAGUAGCAACAGUUUACCUGUCCAUAAGCUGGCCAAUGCAAACACAGCUACUGCUCAUAUGGUUCCCAGUUGCACUUUGGCAACCGGACACAAAAAGCCCUCCACGACGGCAACUCAUGUUCACAUGCUUCCUAAUGUCCCCACCACAAACCACCCAUCCAUCCAUAUGGUUCCUGUAAGUAGUACCACUACUUUUGCGCUGAACAAUUCAACUGCCCCCUCCAUAAGAAUGAUUGGCCCGGCUGCUACGACACCCAUUCACGUUGUGACCACGCUAACAACGACGGCCCCUGUAAUGAGGGUGGCUUCUUCGAUCGCUUCCACUUCUGCCAACACCAAGAAGUUGUCCACCAUUCCGUCGCUGCAGGGAGCAGUCAACAGCAGCUCUGCUGCCACCCCACUUCAAAUGGUUCAUCCAGGAUCUGCUUCUGUUCCUAUGCAAAUAGUUACCUCGCUCUCCAACCCCAUCAUUGCAACAAUGUCCCAGCCGUCCCAACAGCAACAACAACAGCAACAGCAGCAGCAGCAACAACAACAACAGCCACAACCACAGCCUCAGCUGCAGGCUCAACCUCAGUCCCAGCCCCAACAGCCCCAACUCCAACUCCAGCCGCCCCCGCCACCACCACCACCACCUCCACCACCAGCUCAAGUCCAGCUACAUCCACAGGCCCAAACCCAAAUCCAAACUUCUGUUCAGGUCCAAUCCCAGAACCCAGUCCAAGUCCAGCCUCCUCAAUCUCAGACUCAGGCCCAGCCAGAUACCACGACGGACAUACCACCCAAAGCUGCUGACACUGGCGGGAGUGUAGCUGACAAAGUGGAAGAGCUCACUCCUGGUCCCAAAAUAAAGAUUGAACCUGACAAUGACCCAGUCAACAGCCUUGACUGGGAAAAUGGUAUAGCCACGCUUCCAGGUAGCAAUAUAAAGUUUCAAUGGAAUGAAUUCGGCAUAAUGGAAAUUGUAAAAGACAGUGAUCUCGAGUGUGUUGAGACGAUGGAGACUAGCAGUGACCCAGGUAGUGCUGACAGUGCCUAUACAGACACUAGCAGCAAACCAGAUUCCAGUACAACGAACCCUGAAUGUAACGAUUUGAGUAAAUGCUCAAGGAAAGAUGGCAGUGAGAAUUGCCAGUGUUCAAAUUGUAAAUACAAACUCAAACGCUCCAUAUCAGAAAAGGAUGAAUGUUUAGAGAGGAAGAAGAAACGAAAGCUGGUUCUAAGUCAGGGCAACGCAUGCGAUAAUAAUAAUAAGCAAGCUGUCAUAAAGUGUGACAGUAACUGCAAACAGCCUGUUGUUGUCAAACAAGAGAAAGUAGAGGAAGAGGUGAAGAAGCCUAUUACUGCCAUAGCUGCUGGAAAGAAAUCAAAAGUUUUUACCUGGGCUCAGUAUUUGGAUCAAGAGAAUGCUGUAGGGGCACCGACCAAACUUUUUAAAGAGCCCUUCCCUGCAUUGAAGAAUGGUUUCAAAAUUGGUAUGAAGUUAGAAGGCAUAGAUCCAAAACAUCAGUCUCUUUAUUGUGUUCUCAGUGUUGCUGAGGUAAGAGGGUUCCGAAUUCGGUUACACUUUGAUGGUUAUUCAGAAUGUUAUGACUUCUGGGUCAACGCUGAUUCAUCGUUCAUCUUCCCCGUUGGUUGGUGUGAAAAGAAUGGCCGUGUUUUGCAACCCCCAAAAGGUUUCAGUUCUGAGUCAUUUGUUUGGUCCGGUUACCUGAAACAUGCCAAAGCCUUUGCGGCACCAAAACACUUGUUUGUAAAUCUUCAUACACAGCCCAUUGUGCCGAACCUCUUCCGUGUAGGGAUGAAACUGGAGGCAGUCGACAAGAAAAACACAAGCUUGAUAUGUGUGGCAACAGUGGCUGACGUAUUGGGCGACCGCAUCUUGAUACACUUUGAUGGCUGGGAGGAUGCGUACGACUACUGGUGCGACCCCACUUCACCUUAUAUCCAUGCAGUUGGCUGGUGUAAGGAGAACAACGAAAUACUCUCCCCUCCAUGUGAUUGGAAAGAUCCAUUAAACUUUAGUUGGGAACGUUAUCUUUCAGAGAAAAAUGCGACAGCUGUACCUGCUCGAGCCUUUCGACCUCGUGCCCCUGUAAGCUUUGAGGAAGGUAUGAAAAUUGAAGUGGUCGACAAGCGCAAUCCUAUUCUUAUACGUGUUGCUACGAUAGCCUCAAUGUCAAAGCAUCGAGUGAAGAUUCACUUUGACGGCUGGUUGGAUAUCUAUGACUACUGGUUGGACGAUGAUAGUCCAGACAUACAUCCACCUGGCUGGUGUAACAGAACUGGACAUAUUUUACAGCCUCCUAUUGGUCCCGGAGACUUGACUCCUGUACAAGGCCAAGGUGGAUGUCCCACACCUGGGUGCAAAGGUAUUGGUCACAUUAAAGGUGCUAAAUAUGCUGGACAUCAUAGUGCAUCUGGUUGUUCCUAUUCCCAUCUGAAUAUGAACAAAGAGACAACGUUACAGGACCGGUUAGGUUCAACUCGAGUUGAAGAAGGAACUAGCACCCCUAUUGGACAGCGACCAGCCAGAGCUAUAGAACCAUCAACGGUGACUUUGGAAAUGUCGAGGAAGUGCCCAACUCCUGGAUGCGAUGGGGUUGGUCAUGUGACAGGUAAAUACUCUGCCCACCACAAGCUGUCUGGCUGUCCCUUGGCUGAGAAGAACUUUCUGAAGAUGGCAAGCAAAGUGAAAGAGGAACCGGAUGCCAGCACAGAUUCUUCAGAUACCAAGUCAUCGUUGCCUGCUGUUGUCUCUGGCCCUGGACGGAAGAAGAAAAAAUCUGAGAGAAAUCAACGCGAAAAGAAUUGUGUAUUAACGGAUGAGAGUCAUUCCCCUGAACCUACUGAAUCACAAGAAUUCCAACCAGCUAAGGACGGAAGUGCCAAAGCAUCUGCUGGUACUACUCAGAGUACUGAACAGCAAGAGUUCCAGUCUUCUGAUGACAGGAGAUUUAAAUAUCUUUUUCCGAAUAAAGUGAAAGAAGAAAAAGAAGACAAAAGUUUUGAAACCAAUGUAGAUGAGUGCCACAACAACAACGGCAGUAUGAAUAGUCAGCUUCACCACGGGGUGCACCGGUCGGUAUUCAUGUCUGCCCUUGCGCCAAACCCUUCCAAAGAUCUUCCAUUGUGUUGGGAGCAGCACUCCAAGCUGUUGCCUGGCGUCGACAAAAUCCGAGGUGACCAUGUGGCUGAGUGGAAGGUCGAUGAUGUUGCCAAUUUUAUCAAAACUCUUCCUGGCUGUAUUGACCUGUCCAAAAUAUUCAGGGAUGAACACAUUGAUGGUGAAGCUUUUCUCAUGCUUAACCAGACUGACAUUGUGAAGAUCUUAAACUGCAAAUUGGGACCGGCACUGAAGAUCUUCAACAGUAUCCUGAUGUUUAAAAGUACUGCUGAUGUUGAUUGAACUUUCACACCACAUAACAUCACACUACACCUUUCAGGCACCACCUGAUUUCUUCAUAAGCAUUCCGUUACCUCAUCCCACGCAAUCGUUACCCUCUCUUGCCCAUUACAUACUCAGCCACACUCAUUACAACACACACACAGAGAAGCAUACAUGGUCAUGCUUUCUCACACACAGGUACACAUGUACACACUUUCUCUCUCUCACAUGUACACACUCUCCCUGGCUUGUUACUAUCAUAACCUAUUGCCCUGCCCAUGUUUACAUAUCUCCUGUAAACUGCAAUAAUGAUGCAAUAAUACUGACUGUAAGAUCAUCCACAAUAACAAUCCAAUUGAUAGUAAAACCCUUACAGCAGCCACACUACCGCCAGAGCCACAAUAGUAACAUCGUUAAUGCCCAAACUCUAUAAAACAUCCCGACCCCCCAGCCAGAUUUCUCCACAACAGACUGCAAAGAAUUCAAAACAAAUCACUUCAUAGCGUAUCACAGACGGUAUGCAGACCACAUCCUGUAUCCACUGAACCAAAUGCUGAAAAUGCAAAACUUACCUGGACAUGUGAGGGACGCGGCUUGUUUGUUUGUUUUGCUACUGCAGUAAGCUCCAAUCUUGCAUCGAUCAUCACUGCCUCUACAUGUUCAAACAUCAAGACAGUCAUCAUUUAAUCUCACUCUCUCUCUCUCUUUUUUUUUCUCUUCCUCUGAAUUCUGUUACGACACCAUCCUGAGAACGUCAUUCCCUCCUUAGCACUCAAUCAAGACAAAGCCCCAACAUUUACAGAACAGACAAAACAGCAGCACGGCAUUGAUACCCUCAUUAGCUACACCCGUUAAACACUAUGGUGGGAUGCAUACCACCUGUAAUAAAGUGUAAAAGUAGCAGCCGGUCGCCGGUCGUUAAAUUUUAAAUGAGUUCAGUUGAAUUUGCCUGCUUUUGCUGUGGCUAACCUCAAAGACAUAUGGGCACAGACUGGACAAUGGAGAAGAAUGCAGAAUGCACUUUGUACUGCAUACGACGGAACUUUUGUGUGCUAAAGUGCGCAGUGUGGGUCCUCAGGCAGGCAUUAUCACAUGGUGUAUCAACAGCACUGGAACAGUGAGUUGUACCUAGUCAGUUCAUCUAUUAUUACCCAGGUGUCAUGGUCAGUUUCGUCACAGCUACACACAACAACAACAACAGCAACAGAGCUAAUUAAGGAGUCUGUAUGUGGUUGUACGACCUGCUAUAAACAGUAGCCGAACCCACCCCUCAUUUCACAGCUUGUCAUCUUUGAAAAAUGGCAGGAUACAUUGGAUAAUGUUGUUUUGGAUUACAUUGUGUUUGAAGGUGGGGAACCAAAAUAAAAAAAAUUAAAAAACGGAACGAGAGGAUCACAGCUGGAUUACUUUUGAUCUAAGGUCUGCUGGAUUAAAGGCUGAC